CUGAGGGCAGAGGACAAGCAGCUCUUCCUGCCCCGGGGCCCCGUCCCCGGGCUUUAACAGUCACCCCUUUUGCACCAAAGAUGUCUUCAAAACUCUUUCUCGGCCAUUGGCUCAGAGCCCCCCCACCGUCUCUCCCCAAACCCCAUUCUUGGGGGGGGGAGCUUCACUGUGAGGAGCAGGGACGAGGCCUCACCGACUGGCUCCUCACGCACACCCCUGCGGGCCAAUCCCCGUGUCUCCACCGCCCGCCCGAGCGCCUGAGCGCCUUCCUGCAGGGAGAUAAUCUUCGCCUGAGCCCACACGUCCCUCCCAGAGCCAUGGACGCCGCUCUGCUCCUGAACGUGGAAGGGGUCAAGAAAACCAUCCUGCACGGAGGCUCGGGGGACCUCCCCAACUUCAUCACAGGGUCCCGGGUGAUCUUCCACUUCCGCACCAUGAAAUGCGACGAGGAGCGGACGGUGAUCGACGACAGCAAGCGCGCGGGCCACCCCAUGCACAUCAUCAUCGGGAACAUGUUCAAGCUGGAGGUCUGGGAGGUGCUGCUGACGUCCAUGCGGCUCGGCGAGGUGGCCGAGUUCUGGUGUGACUCCAUCCACACAGGCGUCUACCCCGUCCUGUCCCGGAGCCUGCGGCAGGUGGCGGAGGGCAAGGACCCCACGGAGUGGCACGCGCACACGUGCGGGCUGGCCAACAUGUUCGCCUACCACACGCUGGGCUACGACGACCUAGACGAGCUGCAGAAGGAGCCGCAGCCUCUGAUCUUCGUGAUAGAGCUGCUGCAGGUGGAGGCGCCGAGCGAGUACCAGAGGGAGACGUGGAGUCUGAGUAACGAGGAGAGGCUGCAGGCGGUGCCCGUGCUCCACGGCGAGGGGAACCGGCUCUUCAAGCUGGGCCGAUACGACCAGGCCUCCGCCAAGUACCAGGAGGCCAUCAUCUGCCUGCGGAACCUGCAGACGAAGGAAGGGCCCCGCGAGGGCGGGGGGAGGUUUGCUGCUGUGUCCCGGGUUCUGCACUCGAGGCGGUGGCUCGGGGGGGACGCGGGGGUUAAGGCUCCCGAUCCGUGUUAAGUGCUGGUGAGGCCCGGCCGCCGGCGCAGCCCCCUGCUCCCCUCAGGCAUCGUGAAGGCCUACUACGUGCGGGCCCGGGCUCACGCGGAGGUGUGGAACGAGGCGGAGGCCAGGGCGGACCUUCAGAAGGUGCUGGAGCUGGAACCUUCCAUGCAGAAGGCGGUGCGCCGGGAGCUGCGGCUUCUGGAGACCCGCCUGGAGGAGAAGCGGGAGGAGGAGCGGCUGCGCUGCCGGAACAUGCUGGGCUAGGGCGAGAGCGGGGCCCCCCGGCCUCCUGGGCCCCCCCCCCGCC